GGGGCUCCUGGGGAGAGCAAUAGAGACGAGAUCUGAGCUAGAGAGGCCAAGAUCGGUAGGUUGAGCUGAGGCUAGAGAGGCAGGAGGUAAGUGAAGUCGGGGCGAACCCGGAAUCCGGAGGCAACGGGGCCAUGACUUACGCUUAUCUCUUCAAGUACAUCAUCAUUGGGGACACAGGUGUGGGGAAGUCAUGUCUCCUCCUGCAGUUUACAGACAAGCGCUUCCAGCCUGUCCACGACCUCACGAUUGGUGUGGAGUUUGGGGCCCGUAUGGUCAACAUUGAUGGAAAACAAAUCAAACUGCAAGUCUGGGAUACGGCAGGGCAAGAGUCCUUCCGUUCCAUCACCCGUUCCUACUACAGGGGAGCUGCCGGAGCGCUGCUGGUGUAUGACAUCACAAGGCGUGAAACCUUCAACCACCUGACCUCAUGGUUAGAGGAUGCUCGACAGCAUUCGAGCUCCAAUAUGGUUAUUAUGCUGAUUGGGAAUAAAAGUGACUUAGAAUCUCGCAGAGAUGUGAAGAGAGAAGAAGGAGAGGCUUUUGCUCGUGAGCAUGGGCUUAUAUUCAUGGAAACUUCAGCCAAAACAGCCUGCAAUGUUGAAGAGGCUUUCAUUAACACAGCCAAAGAAAUAUAUAGGAAGAUCCAGCAAGGUGUAUUUGAUGUCCACAAUGAGGCAAAUGGUAUCAAGAUUGGUCCUCAACAGUGUAUUUCAACAUCAGUGGGACCCAGCGCCUCUCAGCAGAACUCUGAUGACUUAGGGUCCAGCUCUAGCUGCUGCUGAACAUCUGACCUGAACUCUUUUUUUAUUCCUGGUAAAGCUUCAGUCAAUAGGCUUAUGAAAGAGAGAUUACUUGCUCUGGCUGUGAAAGGCCUCCUUUCAAGGUGUGAUGUUUUGCCUUCCUAUUUUUAAAAGGAUGAGGGGAGAGUUGGGGUCCUAUUGACCUAGUUCUCCGUCAAGGGCAUGAGCAUUCCCUAGAGGUCAGGUCACUUCUUAGCCUGCUAUUUUAGUUUCCAUAGUGUUAGACUCAAACACAACUACAAUGGUAGUUCAGAAGGAAACACAUUCUUUUAUAACAGACAGUAUGCUUUGCACCAAGAAUUUAUGACAAAGGUCUAGAACUUUCUGCUUGAGCACUUAAGAUUAUAGGGAUCUGGCUCAAUUUUAGCUGAUAAGUAGGAAUUUCAUUGAAUUUUUUAUUCCUUGCCUUUGGUGUCCAUUUACCACUUCAUAAAGAGUUCUCGAAAAAGGCAAUUCUACUUCUCCUUUACCACUCAGGAGGCUCGCUCCUUCUAUCUUACCCCAUUGCUAAUUUUUCUGUCUUAGAGUAACUAUAAACCUUGAGAGGUCUUGGAACAUUUGCCAUUAUUACCUAAAGAAAGCAUUCUUUCCAUGUUUAUUUUGGUUUAAGGAAUCAGACCUAAGAUUACAGUGUCUUUCACCAAAGAAGUCUACUGUUUGAUCACAUUGGCUUCUUAACUAGACCUUUCUCAACUUUCUGCUGUAAUCAAGCUAAUCUGCUUAUUGGACAUGACAUACUUCUUUCAUUUCUAUGCCUCUGCACACACCCCAUUUUGUGCUAACAUUAUUCUCAAAGUUCAAUUUUUUUUUUUUCUUUCAGAAAGUCUUCUUUGACCUUGGGACUCAGAGACAAUUAUUGACACAUUAAACCUUAGUAAACCUUAGCUUUCACAAGCUGUUCAUUCAUACAUAUAUUUAUUUAUAUUUAUGUUAUUUUGUAAAUAUGUUUUAUAGUUGUUUUGUGUGUGGGGUCUGUAUCAUAUAGAUUGUAAGCUCCUUGAGCAAGAAUCAUAUUAUCCCUUUAUUUUUGUAAACUAUUCCCUCUGCCAUUCCUUCCCAGUGCCUACUGCUCAUUAUGUGAAUGUUGAAUUGACUGGCAUACUUAAAAACUUGGAACAGGUUUAUUUUACAUUUCAGACGAAACAAAAGGCCUUAGAGUUACCUCUGUGUAACUUGAUUUCACUUUCUUCCAUCUGCUUACCUUGGAUUCUAUAUUGCUUUUCUCUCUCUCUCUCUCUCUCUCUCUCUCUCUCCUUCCUGGCUCUUCACCUACAUUCCAUGCAACAAACAGUCAAGCCACCUGCUUCUAAGUAGUUGAAUAAGUGGGUACUUCACAAGCCAUUCUUCUUUUCAAGAGCAUAAAAUCCCAUCCUAGCCAAACUUGCCUUUGCUUCACUUGUCAUUCAGCCCUUUGGGUCAGUUGCUAUGUCUUUUUGCCUUGCUGUCCAUUUUUCUUCCAUAGUACUGGGGUCUUUCUCAUGAAUUUUUUAAAAUUUCUUUGUUGUUGAUAAAUUGUUACAUCAUUAAAUGCAUGCGUGUAUCCAAAUUA